AUGACUGAGCCCAUUCCAGGACCUCGUGCCCUCCCCGUGCUUGGCAAUUUGCUGGACAUGUUGGGGGACCUCGAUGUCCCUAUCCGGGGCCUCGAGCGUCUCGCGGACACCUACGGUCCCAUCUACCAAGCUACUCUUGCUGGCAAACGUCGCCUCGUUUGUAGCUCCGCUGAGCUCAUGGAAGAACUCACGAACGAAAAACGGUUCAUGAAAUCCCCGCCUAUCACAUUGUCGAAAGACGGGGGCCCCAAAGGACUAUUCACCGCUCGAACUGAGGAUCCUGACUGGGGCCAGGCUCAUCGAAUCCUUAUGCCAGCAUUUGCACCUUUGUCGAUUCAAGAAAUGUUCACAGACAUGAAAGAUAUUGCCAACCAGCUGAUUCUGUCUUGGGCAAGAAAAGGCCCCGAGAAUCGAGUAUUGGCAACAGAAGACUUCACACGACUGACCCUUGACACUAUUGCUCUUUGCACAAUGAGUUACCGAUUUAACUCGUUCUACUCGGACGAACUUCACCCUUUUGUGAAGGCGAUGUUGGUCACGUUCGAGGAAAACAAUGCCAGAGCGACCAGGCCUGAGAUUGCCACAAAGCUCAUGUACAGGAAGAAUGCCGAGUUUGCAGAAGCUAACAAAACAUUGCACAAGAUCGGACAAGGCAUUAUUGACAAUCGCCGAGCCAACCCGACGGACAAAAAGGAUGUAUUGAACUCCAUGAUAUACGGGAAAGACCCCCUAACGGGACAAGUCAUGAGGGACGAACUGAUCGCACAACAAAUGAUCACCUUUUUGAUAGCGGGCCACGAGACUACAUCGGGACUCCUGUCCUUUGCCUUGAUGAAUUUGCUAAAGAACCCCCACACCUACCUCAAAGCACAGAAGGAGGUGGAUGAGGUCAUCGGCAGACGAGCAAUUGAGGUCGGCGACCUCAAGAAUCUGAAGUAUAUCAAUGCCGUCUUACGAGAAACUGCACGACUCACGCCAACCGUCCCACUCCUGCAAAAACACGUCAAUCCGGAAAUGGCACACAACGUUGUAACCAUCGGGCACGGAAAAUACAAGAUUGAGCCCGAUGAUCACAUCAUGAUUCUUAUCAGCAAGAGUCAGAGAGAUCCCAAACUCUGGGGUGAGACUGCAGACGACUUUGAUCCGGACCGGAUGUGUGAUGAGAACUUCGACAAGAUGUCUGCCGAACAUCCAGGUUUCUGGAAGCCUUUUGGAAACGGAAAAAGAGCGUGCAUCGGGCGGCCUUUCGCGUGGCAAGAAGCACUGCUUGUGGUGGCGAUGGUACUCCAGAACUUCGACGUGAAGUUGGAUGACCCUAAUUACACGAUGAAAAUAAAACAAAGUCUCACUAUCAAACCCGACAACUUGUACAUUCGUGUGAGCCCUCGGAAAGGCCUCGACGCAACAACCAUGGACCACAUGAUUCACAGCCAUGGUUCCUCUAACCGGACCAUUGGCCUGGAUACGAGACUGAAAGUGGAUCGUGCUUCUGCCGAUGAAUCUGCGACAACCACGGCGAAGCCCAUGACCGUUAUUUAUGGCUCCAAUACGGGAACAUGCCAGGCUUUUGCUCAACGACUUGCAUCCGAGGCGGCAUCUCACGGAUUCAAAGCCAAUGUGAUGGACAUGGAUUCUGCCACUGAGGCCUUGCCAACAGGAACUCCGGUGGUUGUCAUCACGUCCUCUUAUGAAGGCCAACCACCGGAUAACGCAGCAAGAUUUAUGGAAUGGCUCCAAGGAUGCCAGGAAGGUUCGUUGAAUGGUGUCGAAUACACUGUCUUUGGGUGUGGUCACAGGGACUGGGCUCAGACCUUCCACCGGAUACCCAAACUAGCCAAUGAGCUGAUGAGCAAAUGCGGUGCAAAGAGGGUCGCGCCGGCUGGCUUUACCGACGCCGCGAAAGGAAAUCUCUACAGUGACUUCGAAGAUUGGCUUGAUUCUAGCUUCUGGCCCCACCUCGCGCCCGGAAACGACGACCGAGCCCAUGAGGCUGUUGUGAAUAUUGAAGUCUCCACCAAUGCCCGUGCCUCCAGCCUUCGGUACGAUGUCGAUCUGGCCACCGUGAAGGAAAAUAAGGUGCUCACCAGCAACGGAGAACCUACCAAAUGCCACAUGGAGAUCGAAUUGCCUUCAGAUGUUACCUAUGAAUGUGGAGACUACCUAGCCAUCUUGCCUCUCAAUUCGGAGAAAAGCGUGAAGCAUAUCAUGACUCACUUCGGCCUUCCAUGGGAUGCCGUUGUUACGGUGAAAGCAACGGGUCCAUCUACCAUCCCUGGAAAUACCCCGUUGUCUGUAUUCGACGUCCUGCGAAGCUACGUCGAGCUGGCACAGCCAGCCACGAAAAAGAAUCUGAGGACCUUGGCUAUGUAUGCUGGAGACGCCAAAGACAAGUCGUUAUUGGAGAAUCUAGCCAACGAAAAUACCCGCUUCGAGCUCGAAAUCACACGGAAACGGACAAGCGUUUUCAACAUUCUCACGCAACAUCCUUCCAUUAAACUCCCUUUUGGCGAGUUUCUCGGUCUGUUGCCUCCUCUACAUGUUCGACAAUAUUCUAUUUCUUCGUCUCCGCUCGCCAAUCCCACCAGGUGCACUAUAACCUAUGGCGUCAUUGAUACCCAAGCCCUCUCCAAUCCUGCGCAGCGCUUCGAAGGUGUGGCGGGAAACUACCUCCAAGGUCUCAAAAAAGACGACUCAAUUCAAGUGAGCGUCCGGCCGAGCGCUAAAAAGACAUUCCGACUGCCCCUCGAUAUGGAGGGCACGCCGCUGCUCAUGUUCGCGGCUGGAACUGGCCUUGCACCUUUCCGUGGAUUCAUACAGCAGCGGGCUAUUCAGAAGAUGGCAAAUCCGGGCCGUGAAAUGGCUCGUGCGGUAUUAUUCCUUGGCUGUCGAAGUCAGACUGGCGACAGACUCUACGCUGGUGAGCUGGAUGCUUGGGUCAAAGACGGCGUGGUGGAAAUCAAGUACGCAUUCAGUAAAGAGAAAGACGCGUCUGAGGGCUGCGCAUAUGUGCCUGAGCGAAUGAUGCACGAUGCCAACGACAUUAUUGACCUCUGGAAAGAUGGGGCCCGUGCAUAUGUGUGUGGAACAAGAAUGUUCUCAGAGGCGGUGCGUGAAGCCGGGACAAAAAUUGCCUUCAUGGUUCAAGAACAAAGAGGUGAGCGAACAGAGGCUGAAAGGAUGGAACAGGUGAACCGACUCCGAGGGGCUAUGCAAGAGAGAGUCGCUAGCGAUGUCUUCGACUGA